CGUCACAUCCGGUUUCCCAUCAUGCCGUUUUAGGAACAUGGUGGCUUACAGUUUUCAUAACAAUAUCGGUGUCACUGGUGGAAACUAAACGAUUCCCGCACUUGAGAGUUGAUUUUUGAGGCGGCAUUUGUGUUAAAGUGAAUUCCAAACAAUGCCGAAAUAUUACGAAGAUAAAGAGGAGGACCACAGAGCAUGCGCAGGGAUCAGAGAAGACUUUAAGGCUUGUCUUCUUCAGCACGAUUGUGUUGUUAAGGAGGGAAAGAUGCCCAGCGAGUGUCUGAAGGAAGGCCACUGCAAAGCUCUGCAGACGUCGUUCUUUGAGUGCAAGAGGUCAAUGCUGGACACCAGGUCGAGAUUCAGAGGAAGGAAAGGAAACUGAGGAACCACCAGAACUCUGUGUGGUUGAGUGAAUGCUGGACCAGCAGCUGUAGAAACUUGAAGUUGCUCAUGUGUCGGCGUACGUUCGGCAUUUCAAACACCCCGUCUGAUGGACGUGUCAGGAAAGUGGAUGCUGAAGGACUGCAGAAUAUGAAAGAAAUACACUGACACAAAACAGGAUUACCUACAGAGCUGCUGAUGGAUUGAAGCUUUUGGCGUCUUGAUUCUAUGAGAGGAAAAUCUGCUGCGCUGGAUGAAUGAAUACGGUGAUUGUAAUGAAAAAGAAACACUUCUAAUAGCAAAUAAUGAAUAAAAUGUGAAAUAAGAACUUCUAUUAAUUUCUUAUUGAGGUACUAUCAUAAAAAACAAAACAUAUUUCCGGUGUAUUCUUAAAAAUUUAUUUUUAUGACAGUUUCAUCAUACUACAGGGAAACAGUCAGUUUGUCACUACGAAUACUAUCAGGUCUGAGUUCACCAGUUUUGUCACAUCAAAACCUUCAAAAACUGAGCCGAAUGUGUGGACUAGGGCUGGCCCGAAUAGUGGUUUCUGGCCUCCGGAUAUUCAGGCCCUAUUAAAGACAAAUAUUCGGCCUUCGUUUUGUCUUCAAUUAAACUGAAGAAUUCCCAAACAGCAGAGGUCUUCAGCAUCUUGUCUUGUGUUUAUGCAACGAAGUGAAGCGUGACGUCAGAGUCGGCAGCAACCCGGCCAUUCGGGUGGUGGUAAGAAACAGGAAUGGAGGAGCAGAGAUGAGCCGAACACGACGAGAUGAGCCGAUGUGGGCCGAAGGCGAAGGGAAGAGACGAGGUCCAAAUACUUUUGUCUGGGGGGAGGAGGGGGUGAUCACAUAGACAUAUGUGUAUAUGUUUAUGUGAUCACAUGACGGGAUGAGCUGAUAUGAGCCGAUGUGGGCCGAAGGCGGAGGGAAGACAGUAACGCCGCAUAUUCGGAUACCAAAUUAAUAUCUGGAUUCCGCCGUAGCGAACGAAUAUUCGGAUAUUCGGGUCCAGCCCUACAGGUCUUAGUGCGGAAAGAAGAGUUGGUUGUGCUUUUUAAUUAGUUUUUUAUUUAGCUACGGACAUGCAGUCGGACAGAUUUUGCCUGUUAGAGAUUUUUAUUCCUAAAUGUGUUAUUCUACAAAAUGUGCUUGUGCCAUUGGUUGUGGUUUGGUGGAAGAUAUGAAAUCGUCACAGAAAUGUUGCUUUGAGUAGUUUGAUGUGAAGUUGUCGUAUAGUUGUGUGUGGAUGAUUCUGGGGCUCAACCAGGGCUGGGUAUUGAAGAACAUUGAUCAGGACUAGUUCAAAAACACACUGUUGUCUCCUAAAAAAUCUCUUUUUUAACUCAGACUUUAGCUAAUCCAUGAAAGACGUGAGCAUGUGUCCAUAUGGAAACACGUUUUCAGUACUCGUAUUUUAUAUUUCAGCAUUGAUAGAGUGUAAAUUGUGAUCUAGUAAAUUUUCUUGAAAUUAAACUGAGAAACUACUGUAUGCAUGUGCAGCGUGUCUUCUAGAUGAAAUGACUAAUUCAGUGAAUUACACUCAGAACAAAGGACUUCAUCACAUUGAUGCAAAAUUCUGUAAUCAAAUAUUGUCGUGAAAGCCUUUUUCCCACAUUGAGAUAUUGAUAAUGCAAUAAUGGACGGUGAUGUACCGCGUCUGCUUCAGUGGAGAUUUUAAAGAAUCGCUGUAAAACUGCUGAUAAAUGGUCUCUACUUAUAUUUACGGUUGUAUUUUGCAGCCUUGAUGCUUUGGACACAUUUUGCUCAGAAUACAAAAAGUUUGAUACCCAGCCCCAGUUAUUUAAAGAUUCAUACAGCAGAGGAUCCAGUGAAGUCAGCAGCUGUUAGAGGACUGGAACAGGUUUUUAACUGGACUACAGGAACAGAUUUCUAAAGCUUACGGAGAUUUCAGCGUUUAUUUUAAAUCAUGCAGGUUUUGGGCUCUGCUGUCGGUUUUUCUGUUCGUCCGUUGAGGUAAAGGAUGAAAUGUUUUAGUGCUUGUGAUUGUAGCACACUGAAGGUGCAAACAGCCCUGAACAUCCUGUACAUGUAUAUUUCUAAUAACUCUUCAAUGCACAGAGCAUGCAAACAGGAUCAGGGCUAAGUCUUAAACUGUCUGUGCCGUACUGUGCUGCAAGUAGACACCAUUGUCAUUAAUGUUGAGAGGAGAUUGUGCUCCAACAUUUUCUUUUCCUUAAGUGAUGUUCUGCAGAUUUUAAUGCAUGCUUGUGGAUCCCAUCCUGCUGCGGUGCAGCAAUCAGCAGUUCCCUGGAAGCACUUGACCGAGUGCAUCACUUCUGGCAUCUUCAUCUUUGCAUCUUAAUAUUGUGCCAAAUUAGAUUUUUAAUGAAACCUGAGUUGGGUGGGUUAGACAUGGGAGAGGACUCGGAGUGAUAGCGAGGUGUUAUUGCUUCUCUCUGGGAUGCCUGAGGUCAAGUUUAAUUGAAUUUUCUCUCCUCCACAGUUUUAAUGCCAGUAAUAGGAUGUUGAACUGAAGCUUGACAUUGACCCUCAUGUUUGGUGUCGGUGAAGUAACGAGAUGAGAAAACACCACCGCUUCUCCUCCCAGCCCGUUUUUCAUUUACUGUUGUGGGAGUAUCUGCACCACACUGCCUCUGAAGGAUUGUUAAAGAUUUGAACAAACAUUUUCUACAUUUCCCUUCUGCAGCUCUAAAAGGGGAAGGAAAAAACAAAGAAGCAUCCAUGUCUGAGCGUGAUACGAGUGAAGGUCCUGUUUCACUCCCAGCAGCCUUAGGGUGUUCUAGAUUUUUAUUUGUCAGUGAAUUCUCUUCUUCUACACUUGAAUUGAUAUUUAAAUAGACCAUUUGUAUGAUUUCUGUUGUUGUAAUUUGUCUUUUUUUACUGUGUAAAUAAAGCCGUUGUACAUGUCAAA